AAGGGCCGGGGUCUAUUCGCAUCACUGAACAUCCCUCCAAGAACACUUAUUCACAUUGCACCAUGUCUUAGGGUCGACCAAGGUGAAUAUCAGAGCCACAUGAAACACACAAUACUCGAACACUACCUGUUCAACGAUUCGGGUGGCCGCAAAUUGCUGGCGCUAGGGUAUGGCUCUUUGUUCAAUCAUUCACGAACUCCGAACAUAGACUAUCGCGUGGACUCGACGAAUCUCGAAAUACGAUACAGUGUUGGACACCAACCUGUUUUAGCAGGGGAAGAGCUUUGUAUUUUCUAUGGGGUAAACUUGUGGUUUGACGAUGCGGAAGGUAGUGUUGAAAGUGAGCCUGCAAGCGAAGACGAA